AUGGAGUCGAAAAGGAAAACACGCCGGCUAAAACGGAGAGGCGCUGGUAUAAACAGGCAGCGACAGCUGGAGCAGCAAAAGGAGGAUGAGUUAUUCGGAGAGUGGACAUGGGAAGACGUGUUGGAUGGUAAAGGUUGUUACACUUGGGAGGAGAUAUUGGCCGGAAGAGAUCGCCUCCCAUGGGAACAGGUGGAGGCACUAAGGAGAGCCGAGGCAGCCGGAGAUAGGAGCCGACGAUACGAGGGAACGCGGUUGGCAAGGAAGCUCGUGACAGCGACAGAUGCGGACGGUGGCUCCUUCGGCUCCAUCAGCUACUCUCUGGGGUCAGGCAUCAACAGUGCUGUCCCCUCCCAGUUCUCUGUAGGGAAGGAGACAGGACAGAUCUGUACCAACGUGGCUCUGGACAGGGAUCAGGGACCAACCAGCUACGACUUUACCGUCACCGCCGUGGACGGGGGCGGUCUGAACUCUGUGGCCUACGUCAGGGUGGACCUGCUGGACAUCAAUGACAACAGACCAGUCUUCUACCCUGUGAGCUACGCCGUCAGCCUUAGCUCCCAGAGUGCUCCUGGCACUUCUGUUGUCAAGGUUACGGCCCUUGACCCCGACACUGGGGAGAACGGGAGGGUCACGUACCGAACCGUCCCCAGGGGCAACUCCCCCUUCUUCACCCUCAACAAAGACACAGGUGUGAUCUCCCUGUCCCGGUCGCUGCAUGGCAAGGCCAACACGGUGAUCCCCAUGGUGGUUUCAGCCCAGGACGGAGGGGGUUUGGCAGCACUGGUCAACGCCCGGGUCAACAUCAGUGUGGUGGCAGGCCUGGUGGCGCCCCCUGUGUUCGAACACAGCCAGUACAGCUUCACUGUAUCUGAAAACGUACUGCGAGGGACUGAGGUUGGCAUCGUACAGGCCAUCAGUAAGAACGGCGGCCCCAGUAAGGACAUCCUGUACACCAUCUCCUCUGGAGACCCUGCUGGCUACUUCACUGUGGACCCAGAGAGUGGUGCCCUGCGGACCAGCCUUCCUCUGGACCACGAGGCCCAGCCCUCUCUAACUCUGGAGCUCCAGGCUCGUAGCGGCAGCCCCCCUGCCUUCGGUCAGACCCACGUCCACAUCACCAUCCAGGACAUCAACGACAACGCUCCUGUCUUCAUGCCCUCCUCUUCUGAGUCUCUCCUCCUCCCGGAGCACACAGAGAUAGGGACCGUGGUCUACAGAGUCCAGGCCAAAGACCGGGACUCCGGCCUCAACGGCCAGAUGACCUUUGAUCUUUCCUCCACCGCGACCUCAAUCGGAGGUCAAAGAACCUUUUCCAUGGAGCGCAGCACAGGGGAGAUCCGGCUGGUUGGCGGGCUGUCAUACGACGUAACGCCGCGUUACGACCUGACGGUGACAGCUAAAGAUGGCGGCGCGCCGCAGCUAAGCUCUACCAUGAUGCUGGUGGUGCACGUCCAGGCGGAGAACGACCACGGUCCCGUGUUCGACACCCUGACCUACCGCGUGGAGCUGAGGGAGAACACGCCGCUCAGCACACGCUUCCUACAGGUGCGAGCUCUGAGCCUGGACACCACGGGUUCAGGCUCCUCCUCUCCACUGGCGUACUACCUGAGACCUGACGGAGACGCAGCAGGGUUUGGCAUUGCAGCAGACAGCGGCUGGCUGUUUGUGAAGAGCGCCCUGGACAGAGAGGUGAAGGACAUGUACAUGUUGAUGGUUCUGGCCACGUCGGGCCACGGACAGCUGACGAAGACGGGCAGUGCCACGGUGAGGGUGUCGGUGACCGAUGAAAACGACAACUCACCUCGUUUGACACAGGAGAGGGCUUUCCUGGCCGUGAGAGAGAACCUUCCGGCGGGGUCAGGGUUCGGACGGGUUUCGGCUAUGGAUCGCGACUCAGGGCUCAACGGCAGGCUCAGUUACAGACUCCUACACCCAGACAGAAGCUUCCAGAUCAACUCACACACAGGUGAGAUCAGUACCCGUGUAGGUCUGGACAGGGAGCAGCAGAGUAGUUACCAGGUGUUGUUGGUGGUCCAGGAUGGAGGUACUCCCCCACGCAGCGCUACAGGGACAGCCUUCAUUACCGUCCUGGAUGAGAACGACAACACUCCCUCCUUCAGACACAGCCAGCCUGGCAGAGGACUGACCAUGCAGGUGAUGGAGGGCCAGGCAUCAGGUCUACUGCUGGGGAAAGUACAGGCCAAAGACCCUGAUGAGGGAGAGAACGGCACGGUGUACUACUCCAUGUCAGGUCCCAGAGCAGAGCGUUUCUCUUUGAACCCGACUACAGGUGAACUGCGUUCCUCCUCUCCUCUGAGUCAUUCUGACAGAGCUGAGUACAGCUUCACUGUGACUGCCACUGACCGAGGCCAGCCAUCUCACAGCGCUACCUGUUCACUACACAUACAGGUCCUGAGUGCGAGCAGAGCUCCUUCCAAAGCCAACUCCCUCUCCAUAUACUUAAACUCCAUCGAGGAGGCCAAACCGGGCUCUGUGAUUGGCUCUGUGAAGUCACAUGACAGCUUAGAGCUCCCUGAGGCUGGUCAGGUGACCUAUACGGUGGUGGGCGGGUCAGACCGAGACGGAACGUUCAUGGUGGACCGUCAGACAGGUGACGUGUACCUGGCGAGGGAGCUGGACUACGAGCGAUCUGCCCGCUACACACUACAGAUAGAGGUGGACGACUUCUCCAUGACAUUACCCAGCAGCCACCUGGUGCAGCUGGACAUCGAGGUGAAGGACAGCAACGACCACGCACCCUACUUCCCGGAGGACCCCGUUACCAUGGUGAUACCUGAGAACAUGGAGCCUGGGGCGUCCAUCUACACCUUCCAGGCCUCGGACCAGGAUGGAUCAGGACCCAACAGCCUGCUGACCUACUCCAUCCUGCACCAGUACCCUGACCUCCCUGACAUCCUGACCCUUCACCCUUCCACUGGCGUCCUGACCCUGGCGCAGGAACUGGACCAUGAGGUUACUUCCUCCCUCAUCCUGGUCAUACAGGCGACAGACUCCGCCCUGAACGGCAGCCAGCGGCGCUGGGGCUCCGUGACAGCGAGGGUGUUUGUGACAGACGAGAACGACAACGCUCCAGUGUUUAGCUCGCCUUCCGCGGUCAGUGUCAUGGAGGACCAGCCUGUGGGCUUCGUGGUUCUCUACGUUGUGGCGCGAGAUGCCGACCAGGGGGAGAACAGACGGGUCAGCUACUUCAUCGAGACUGGCAAUGCUGGAGGGACGUUCAGCCUCAACCGUAAUACUGGUUCUCUGUCUAUCCUGAAGCCCAUCGACCGGGAGGAGCAGGUCCUGUUCAACCUGACCAUCGUAGCCCAGGACCACGGGGUACCAGCACUCUCAUCCAGCCAGCUGCUGUCUGUCCAGGUCAUCGACGUGAACGACCAGGUGCCCUGGUUCCAGGAGAACCAGUACCAAGCCCAGAUUACAGAGAACCAGCCUGCAGGAACCACUGUUCUGGUGGUGUCAGCCUCCGACCUGGACCAAGGUACCAAUGGCCAGGUGACAUAUGGAGGCAUCUCUGAUGAGGGUUUCAGCAUUCACCCAGCUACAGGUGUUAUAACCACCACUAAAGCCCUGGACAGAGAGGCACAGGAACAAUACACACUGACAGUGUAUGCCCGAGACGGUGGCAUGCCUCCUAACUUUGCCCGGGCGUCAGUGAGGAUCCGGAUGUUGGAUGAGAAUGACAACGCCCCAACGUUCAGUAGACUGUACUACAGUCUGGAGGUGCCUGAGAACAUGGAGGCUGUUGAGCUGUUCACCCUCAGAGCUACGGACCUGGACACUGGGGACAGCGGAGAGAUGACCUACAAGAUCACAGCAGGCGACCCAUCAGGUGACUUCCGUGUGGACAGGAAGUCAGGUGUUCUCUCCACCUCCAGACCGCUGGACAGGGAACGUAGGGCCAGGUACAGUCUGACAGUGACAGCCCUUGACGGGGGCUCUCCGGCCCUGAGCAGCACGGCCACUGUAGAGGUCACUCUCCUGGACGUCAACGACCACAGCCCCCAGUUCACCAGCUCCAGCUACACCGCUGACCUCUCUGAGGAUGCUCCUAUUGGCUCCCUGGUGCUGGAGGUCUCUGCUACUGACCUGGACCAAGGGUCUAACAGCCAGGUGCUGUACUUCCUGUUGCGCGGUUCCCAGGGCAUGUUCAUCAUUGACCAGCACACGGGACAUGUCAUCACCGCCGCGCCGCUCGACCGGGAACGAACUGCGUCGUACACUUUCGAUGUCUGUGCCACAGACUCGUCCCCCGCCAGCCCACGCAACUCCACCGCCACGGUCACCGUGUAUGUACAGGACGUGAACGACAAUGCUCCAUUCUUCAUCCAGGAUCCCCUGGUUAUCAACAUCUCUGCCUCCAGUGUCUCCUCCCACCGCGUCCUGGCCACCAUGCGGGCAGAGGACCGUGACUUUGGGGCCAACGGCUCAGUGUUCUACCGCUUCGCCAGCCCUGUCCGGGGCUUCACCAUUAACUCUCUGACCGGGGACAUACAGGCUACAGAGAAGCUGCAGGGACUGACCCAGGGCCAGAGGACUCUGAUUGUAGAGGCUAUGGACCAGGGCAGCCCAGCCCAGUCCUCUCUAGGUGUGGUGGUCAUCUACAUCAGAGAACAGACCUACAGGGGGAUCCGCUUCUCACGCCACGCUAGAGAUGUCAGUCUGCAGGAGAACGCUGCCAAAGGUACCACCGUGGUGCAGACUCAGGCCCAGUACCCUGAUGGAUCCCGUAGUGGGAUCAGUUACAGCAUCUUCAGUGGCAACACCCUACUCUCCUUUGGAAUCAGCUCCUCCACUGGUGAGAUCUGGGUACAGAGCUCCAUGGGGCUGGAUUAUGAGGAGUCCCCUAGACUCCGCCUAGUGGUGAAGGCUGAAACUGCAUCCUCCAGUUCCUUCAUGGCGGUCAACCUGAUCCUUCAGGACGUCAAUGACAACCUGCCGCGCUUCCAGCUGCAGAACUAUGUAGCCUACAUACGAGAGGCACAGGGAUAUCAUUUUCCUAUCAUACAGGUGGUGGCUGAUGACCUAGACCAGGGCCAGAAUGGUCAGGUGACCUACAGCCUGAGGUCGUCGUCUCUCAGCGGCCUGUUCAAGAUCGACUCGCUGACCGGAAGCAUCACCACCGCCGCUAUCAUGGACCGAGAGAUCUGGACACAAACCAAGCUGGUUGUUACGGCGACGGACCGGGGCACACCACGAUUGGCCGGCUCGGCGACCCUCACGGUGAUCAUCGUGGACCUCAACGACAACAGUCCUACAAUCCCUCUGCCGCGUGAGAUCAGAGUACCAGAGAACACUCCGGUUGGCUCGGUAAUAACCCAGGUGACAGGAAAUGACGUGGACUCAGGCCCCGCCCUGUCCUACACCCUCCACCUGGACCUGUCUUCCCAGGGCGUAUUUGGGAUCCACCGCUACGGGGGCGGGGUGUCUCUGACCGCCCCUCUGGACUACGAGGAGAAGACCUGGUACACGCUGACUGUCAGGGCUACUGACUCCAAACACCAGACUGAAGCUAACCUCACCAUACUGGUGGAGGAUGUCAAUGAUAACGCUCCUACGUUCACACAGGAUCUUUACCAGAUGACUCUGGCAGAGCACUCCCCAGCUGGCAGUGCAGUUGUCACUGUGACAGCCACGGACCGCGACUCUGGGGAGAACGGCCGCGUCACCUACAGAGUGAUGUCAUCAACCCGGGACAUCUUCUACAUCGACCCCAGCAAUGGUACCCUGUUCAUCACCCAGCAGGCAGAGUUUGACUCUGAAAACCCUUCUAUCCUGGUGGUAAUAGAGUCCAGAGACAUGGGAACACCAGCCCUCUCCUCCAUCGCUACUGUACAGGUCCAGGUGACUGACGUCAAUGACAACGCGCCCGUCUUCCACCAAUCAGAGUACAGAGCCACGGUGUCGGAGGAUGGCCUUCCGGGCGCCACCAUCCUGACCCUGGAGGCGACCGACGGCGACGCGUCACGCGACAACUGCGGCUUCGACUUCACCAUAGCCAGCGGAAACUCAGGCAAUGCCUUCCAAAUCGAGAGCAGCGUACGCUUCCUGGAAGGACGGGGCUUCCAGACGGUAGGCAGCGUGGUAUUGACCGGUGAGGGGCUGGACUUCGAGGCAGUGUCUAGUUACAACCUGACCGUGGUCGUGUCGGACCGUGGCGUGCCCCAGAGGAGCUCGGCUGUCUCUGCGCUGAUCAGUGUGACGGAUACUAAUGACAACCCUCCGGCGUUCAGCAGGGCAGAGUACAGUGUGGUGCUGAGUGAAGGAACAGCCGCAGGGACUGAAGUCCUCAGCCUGUCUGCAACAGACCCAGACUCCUCGGCAGUAGGGAAGGUGCAGUACCUGAUCAGCUCUGGGGAUGAGACGGGUAUGUUCCAGGUAGACCGCUGGACCGGAGCCCUGAGGCUGCAGAGACCACUGGAAAAUGAGAGACAGGCAUCCCAUGUGAUCAUUGUGCAGGCGUCAGAUGGACAGGGUCACUAUGCGCUGGCUCCAGUCACUGUGGAGGUGAAGGACAUUAAUGACAACAGACCUUACUUCCCCCUGCCUGUCCUCACCGCCAGCAUCAGAGAGAACCAGCCUCACAACACCCUUGUCACCAUGCUGCACGCCAUCGACCAGGACACGGGAGUCUUCGGACAGCUGAGGUACUACAUGUUGGACAAGACUGGAGAGGGGAAAGACGCCUUCCUGGUCAACCAGACGUCAGGCGAGGUCCGGACUCGCUUCACCUUCGACUUUGAGAAAGUCAACUUGUUCAACUUUGUAGCUCUGGCCAUGGACGCAGGGAACUUCUCUGCCACGGUGACCGUCCAGGUGUACGUGACAGGGGAGGAUGAGUACGACCCUGUGUUCUCCGACCCAGAGUUCUCCUUCUUAGUUCCUGAGGGGUCGAAGAAGGGCCAGAGCAUUGGUCAGGUGACAGCCAGAGACGAGGACGAGGGAGUGGACGGGAUUGUUCUGUACUCCCUAGCUGACCCCUCGCCCUACUUCCAGGUCAAUGCAUCGACGGGCGUGGUUUUCCUGAAGAUGGACAGCCACGUCCAUCAUCUGAGCAGGUCCAAGAGGGAGGUCCGUGUGAUGAACCUUGACCUGAAGGCCCACAGCCCUCUGGAGACAUCCCGUGUGGCCACCGCUCGCCUCACCGUUGACGUAACACACACCUCCUUUGGCGUGGCAUCGGACAUGAACCUGCUGCUGGUCAGUGUGAUCGCUGUGUCCCUGGGAGCCAUCCUCAUCCUCAUCUUCAUCGCCAUGGCUCUGUUCUGUGUGAGACUGAGACGUCAGAGGAAGGAGCAGCAGAGUCGCUGCAGACCUCCAGCCUCUCCCGGCCACGGCACGAUGCUGCACAAACUAGAGGAGACUAAAGUCACUGGCACCGACCGGAGCGACCGCAUCUACCACCAGGCCUUACCAGGGUACACUUCUGACCAAACUGGGAGUGGUGUGGGAGGGCCAUACCCCCGCGGGGGCUCCCUGGACCCAUCCCACUCCAGCGGGCGUGGCUCGGCAGAGGCGGCAGAAGACGAUGAGAUCCGGAUGAUCAACGAGUACCCCCGUGUCUCCUCCAUCUCUUCGUCCAUGCAGGAACACAUCUCAGCCCGCGGGCCAGACUCUGGUAUCCAGCAGGACGCUGACCAGCUGUCUGACGUCUCCUGUGAGCCCAACAUGGACGCCAACCAGUGGUUCAAGGCCAAGAAGCUGGCCAGUCUCAGUGGGACUCUGCUGGCUGGCCAGGUGCCUGUCUACAGGGAGGAUGGUGGAGGUUAUCUGGGGGUAGGGAGGGGGCUGAACAUCUCCCACCCUAAAGACUAUGCCUUCCCAGUGGAUGGUAAACCCGCUGUGGACGGCUCCCUCACAGCCAUAGUGGCCAGUGACGAGGAGCUGAGGGGUAGUUAUAACUGGGACUACCUGCUGGACUGGUGCCCACAGUUCCAGCCAUUAGCAAGCGUCUUCACGGAGAUAGCGAGGUUAAAGGAUGAGACGGCCCCUCCUAACCCUCGCAGACCGCUCCAGCACAAAGCCAAGGUGGACCCCAAACCCCCUCGCAUUGACCCCCCGCCCCUAAUCACCUCCAUAGCCCACCCCGGGGCGAAGACAGUCCCGGUCAAGCCUGCCCCCGUUAAGCCCUCUGUGGGGAGGUCCUCCUUCCCCCAUCUGGCCUCCCUACGGAGGUCCCCCAUCAGUCACGAGGGCUCCCCCUCCUCAGUAGCCAUGUCCCCCAGCUUCUCCCCCUCCCUGUCCCCCCUGGCCGCCCGCUCCCCGGCCAUCACACCUUUCGGCGUCACCCAGGGCCCCUCAGCCUCCAUGAUCAGCACCACUGAACACAGCAUGGAGCACAGUGAAGAGGCCGAGAUGAGGAUAUAGAC